GUGGCUGCUCGUUUACGGAAGCGCUGUCGGUCGUUUUGUUUAAUUUGAAGGGCACGACGGGGGGGAGGUACAGGACACAGGCGCGUGUGUGGAAGCUGCUGCAGCCUGUGUCUUUAAAGGCAGGAGGAGACAUUUGUGUCUCUGAGAGAUGUAGCCUGCCUGGCAAAUCUGUCGCCAGCGUAGCUCUAAACCCCACCUGCUCCUCCUCUCUGUCAUCUCCCCGCUGAGGAAGGAAGGAAAGAAGGAAGGAAGGAAGGAAAGGAGGAAGGGGGGAAGGCGCUGGGAUGCCGAUGGUUUCAUCUGGGAGGCGACUGGGAAGGAAAGUUCAGCGUGUUUUCAGUUAACGUUUUACGCGAUUCUUGUAUCUUCCACCGAAGCUCCGGACUGACCGACCUCUACCUCUGCAGAAACGGUUCACUCAAGAUCGAUCAGCUGUUGAAAUCCUCAGCACACACGAACCACAACAGAAAUAUUAAGAAAUGGACCAAGAUAAUCAGAGCCAAAGUCAGACACGAGAAGACAACCCAAAUGGAGCAGCAGAAGCUUUAACAACAACUCCAGCUCCAGCAUCAAAUUCAGCGGCUCCAGCCGCAGAUCCCACUACCAGCCAGCCUCCAGGUCCUGUCCGGCCUCGACGGCCCCAGAGAAGCGCCAGGGUAGAGGGUUCUGUAGACAUCUCCGAACCUAAAGCUGAGCCCAAAGCUGAACCCAUUUCAGAGGCUAACCAGGAUGAGAGCAUUCCUGAUGGCACCGCAGCAAGUCGUCCCAAACCCUCCGGCCCUGCAGCAGUCAAACCCUUCGGAGACCGCACCGGGCCCAGCGUUAAGGCUCGUCCUAAAGGUCCAGGACACCAGCCAGUUAGAGCUGCCUCAGUCCCCCACCCCCCUGCUAGUAGGCCUGUGCCUCCUCACCUGAACCCUCAUGCACAGAGGGCCCUCUCUGUAGCAGGCACAGCUGACACUCAGGCCCAGACUGUGGAAGACUUCAGGGUGCACAUCAUCACUUGGAACGUGGGUUCGGCCACGCCACCUGAUGACAUCACCUCCUUGCUGGGGCUGAAUGUGGGUGAUGGAAACACAGACAUGUACAUUAUCGGGCUGCAGGAAGUAAACUCUAUGAUUAACAAAAGGCUGAAAGAUGUCCUCUUCACAGACCAGUGGAGCGAGGUCUGCAUGGAGAGACUCAGCCCCUUUGGUUAUGUGCUGGUGACCUCUCAGCGGAUGCAAGGAUUGUUACUGUUGGUCUUUGCCAAGUACUUCCAUCUGCCCUUCCUCCGCGGAGUCCAGACUGAGACUACCCGCACUGGCCUGGGGGGUUACUGGGGGAAUAAAGGUGGAGUGAGUGCCCGCAUGUCAGUGUUCGGUCACACCAUCUGCUUCCUCAACUGCCACCUGCCGGCUCACAUGGAAAACUCAGAGCAGCGCAUGGAGGACUUUGAGAGCAUCCUGCAGCAGCAGCAGUUUGAGGGCCAGGCUGCCACCGGGGUUCUUGACCAUGAUGUGGUGUUCUGGUUUGGGGAUCUCAAUUUCCGCAUUGAUGACCUGGAUAUGCAAGUGGUGAAAUCAGCCAUUGAUAACAACAAGUUUCCCAUGCUGUGGGAAAAAGAUCAGCUGAACAUGGCCAAAGACAGUGAGACAGUGUUAGAGGGAUUCCAAGAGGGACCACUGAAAUUCUCUCCUACCUACAAGUUUGAUGUUGGAACAAAUACAUACGACACAAGUGGAAAGAAGCGUAAACCAGCUUGGACUGAUCGGAUUCUGUGGCGCCUGAGAGCCACCGCACCUGCCGGCGCCGUACUCGGUGCAGGGAAGCGUGGCUCCAUUUCAGGGUUGACCAGCGGGACCAAAGUGACUCAGCACUGCUACCGAAGUCACAUGGAAUACACCGUCAGCGACCACAAACCGGUCUCCUCCAUCUUUACACUGCAGUUCCCGUACAAGGUGGAUAUCCCCCUGGUCACACUCAUAGUGGAGGAUGAGUGGAACAGCAUUGCUGAUGCCAUAGCAAAAUUCAAAAUGGCGCCCAACUACGCACGCAGCUCCUGGGACUGGAUCGGACUGUACAAGGUGGGUUUCAAACACCACAAGGACUAUGUGGGAUAUGUGUGGGCCAAACAAGAGGAAGCAGAUUUUCAUCGACAGGAACAUCAGGUAACAUUUACUGAGGAGGAAUUGCCCAAAGGCUCAGGGGAUUUUAUCUUGGGUUACUAUAGCAACAACAUGAGCACCCUUGUGGGUGUAACAGAGCCAUUUCAGAUCCAGCUUCCCACUUCAGGCCUUGAUAUCAGUUCUUCAGACAGCUCUGAAUUUAGCUCAGAAGAUGACAGCACUGUUGUCCUCAUGAAGACGAGGUCCCGCAGUCCCAGUCCACGUAAGGGCAAGCACCGCAAGCAUCGCAGCGGCAGCCACACCCACACCCGCACCCGCACCCACAGCCCUAGUCGCAGCCGCUCUGGCAGUCCUGCACAGGCCAAAGUGAAACAGCUCAACGUCACUGAUGAUUCUCCAUCCAGCACCUCCACAGCAGCUGGGAGCGAGUCCACAGGACGCCCAGCAGAGGGCAGCAGCAACCUGGCGUCUGCUCCUGGGGUGAAAGACAAAAACACAGAGCAUUCAGGAGUGUGAUGCACCACCAAGUCCUGCUGUUGUCACAGGUCACAUAGCCAACUGUUGUGUCUUUUAUUUGAUACAUCCACUACACUGUAUGUUUUCUGAAAUUAAAAUGUACAGUUUCUGAUGCCAUCCUUUUCAGGAACAGCCAUCUGGCUUGUCCAGGAGGCUCACUUUGCCUUGAGUUGUUUUAUUAAGCUGUGCACAUUGUAUAUUUUUUAUUUGUAAACCUUUCACUCUGUCCUGUGUUUCUUCUAUCUUUGUCCGUUCUCAGGUGUGGACAGUACAGGGAGCUGUCACCUUGCAUUAGGAAAUACUCAAGGAUUUAUGGUCAUGUAGAGUCAAAGAGUGGUUAUGUAAUACUUUUUAGAAACCAUCUUCCCGAUAUUCCAACAUUGGUUUGAAAUUCUGCACUUAGCCAGCAGUUAUGUCAGCCGACUGCAUGCAAAUGAAGGAACACGCUUUUGAGACAUGGCGUAUGACAUUCUUGACACAGACAUUGCUCACAAAUCAUUCAGUUUCCUUUAGUUGUGGAACAUGUGUCUUUUAUGAAUCAAAUCCGCUCAGACAGAAAAGGACAAUAAAGACAUAAUGAAAUUUAUUUUUGUUCCAAAACAUCCUAUGAAAGCAUCACCAGCUCUGUCAACAAUCACUCACAUUAUUAGUUUCUGUAAAUCUUCAAACAGACAUAACCGUGCAGUUUGAAUCUGUGGUAUGGCUCUGCUCUUGUGUACGUUCCCUGCUUUGGAAAUUCAACAUGAUAUAACUUGCAGGAAACAUUGGAGGGAAUGAAGUCCCUCCAGGGUGUAUAACAACAGAGCAGAGCCAACAUAGGUGGAGACUGGGGUUCAGGCAGCAGCACAGCACAUGUCAGUGUAGAGAGCAAAUGUGAGCGUAAAGGCCUUUAAAUAGACCGCCAAAUCAGUGCAGUGGGAUGUGAUGGGCAUGGGAGGUUCACUGUCAGCUGACACAGCAUAGCUGUCUCGCCAGAACCAUUUGAUUUAUUGUCGGCCAUUAACUCCGCCGCAUCAGCUACAGUGGUAACUAGAGCAAUAUGUGAACCAACGUGUGUAGCUUUUACACACAGACCUUUAUGAAUUAUUGGGCCUUAUGUAACACUUACUGUUCAAAUCAGCGAAGAGGCUAACUUACUUUUUAAACUAAUUAACCCAGAACACAGAAACCACACACUUGUUUCGAUCCCACUUUUAAUUUGCAUUCAAAUUUCAACUUUUUUUUUGUGCAUGUUUUCAACAUAGAAGCAAGACUUGUUUUUCAAUAUGGAUAUCUCCAACAAAAUGUGGGCAUGAACUCUGCUAUGUAGAGCUACUACAGGCCUUUGUAUUAUACUGUAAGUAGUAUAAUACAAAGCUGACAUGUUCCACUAUUGUACAUGAAAUGGUCCUUUACUUUACUUUUUGUAUGAUUUUGACUUUUCAGUUCACUGUUUGUGUUUUUGUUCUCUCUUGCUCAGAUCCUCCUGCACAGAUCCUGGUGAUUAGCUGACAGUGACAAUGGUCACAAUAGUUGCGUUGCAUUGUUAACCGUGUGACCUCUGAUGCACCAUCUUAGACACUUAGACAUACUUUUGGGCUGUUAGCAUAGAACAGUGUAUACUGUUGUGGCUGUAACCUCAGUGUGUAUGUCUGUUAUCAGUUUUGUGUGUAUGUGCUUUUAUGGAAGUGUGUGUUUUGGAUUCUGGAAGUGUGUGCGCGUGUGUGUAGCAAGCUGUGGCAGUGAAUGGGGUUCGACUGUGUUUGCAUGGUUUGCUGCUGGACAUACUGUACAUUCCGGUACUGUGAUUUUUGUGCUGUAAAGUGCUGUUUUUGACUCCUCUUUGUCAUAAUUGUGGCCGUGAAAAUUGUUAGACAAAUAUGGUAAGAUGGACAGAAUAAAAAUUUAACUGCAGUAUAAAUGUUAGGUGAAGAAAAUGCAGGAUAGUUAUGCUUGCAUAAAUCUGAAAUUGUCUGAAUCAUUUCAUGGUGCAUUCAUGUAUUUUCUUAAUUUUUAAAUGAAAAAUCUACUGGACCUUUGUUUAGAAUAACAUGUUUAAAAAAAAUUAAGAUUGUAUGAACCUUGUCCUGCUUUAGGUAAUUUAGAUAAGUAUGAUCAGUGCUGCAGUCCUGACCAGUGAUUAUCUAUUGUGAAAUGUUUAUGAAAAAAAGCUCUGUCUACAGAAUGUUAUUGUUUUGUAAUUAUGUGGCUAAAAUAGAGGAAUAUGUAUGUAAAGGAUAAAUAUGAAGUAUGGUAGAAAAUAUAAAAUAGGAGACAAUCUAUGCCAUAAAGAUUAUUUUACUUAAAUUAUGUAUUUAUUUUCUUAUUUAAAUGUUAAAUGAGCCUGAAUUCUGCUGGCCAGUGAGGGAGCAUUAUUUCAAUGGAAAUGUCAAAAUGAUAUUACAAAAUAUUGAUAAUUAUUUUCUUUUUGUAUUUGGAACUAUGAAGAGAGAAUCUGAUUUCUCCACUUUCCAGUUUAGUAAAUUCAGAUCAAAUAUUGCUCUUACUGUCUGAAGUGUAGAUUGUUUAGUCUACAGGUGUUUGUAUAACUGUGAAUGAAAUUGACAUAAACUACGGCAAGCGAGAUACGAUAUUAAUUGUUGGCAUAUGAGGAUGGUUUAUCUCUGUGAAAUCAUCUGAUUGGUGAGGUGAGAAGGUUUUUUUUUUUUAAAGGUUGCUUGCUUUGUUCCCCAAUCCUCAAACUAGUGCAACACAGAGAAAUAUACUCCCCUUCAAAUUGUGGUCUGUCUUUCUUGAGUCUCCUCAUACACAGUAUUGUCAUUGUUUAAAAAAUGUUUAAUUGCACUAUAAUCUAUUUUUUCUUGUGGUACUGGUCGGCUUAAUAGUGUUCAGUUAAGUGAAAAACAUGAUCUAUAAAGCGUUACUGUGUGUGAUAGAGAG